CUCUCCACUAGGUGGCAACACGGUACAACACCGGAAAUGUCCGACUAAUUAAUUCCUAUCAAAGUUUUGUAGUUCCUGGGUUGUUGACCUGUCAGCAUUGUAGUACAAGCUGUCAUUGCUGAUAAUCUGUCUUUCCUUCUGGUAGUUGCACUUUUCGGUCAGCAACACAGCGAGCUCCAGGAGGGCGUCGGACUCACAGGGUUGUUCGUAAUUACCGUUGUUGCUGGUGUCAGCUAACCAGCGAGCUAACUGCUAAUUCUAGCUAACAAGCCAACCAGCUUUACAGCUAGCUUGCUAGCUAGAAUUAGACGGUAGCUAGCAGCGUUAGCUAUCUUGCCUGCUGGCAUUACGAGGAUAGGAAGCCGCCCACUGCUGCAAAGCAGCAUUCCGGACAAAAGACUAAACAAUGGAGGCCCAAAGCUCCAGCGGGCUGCUGCUGUCCAGAAAGAGGAGAAGAGAGGCCACCAUUCGGGAGACCGAGGAGGGAGAGAAGCUCGGGAAAAUCCCCAGAUGUACUGUGGGAUUGAAGCACCCUGCACCUUUUGCAGAUGAGCUGGUGCCAGUUGAUGAUAAACCCUAUGUAAGAGUCAGCAUGGAGGAGGCUAAGAGGGGAACACAUCCUAACAGACCAGUGCGCGUGUACGCAGACGGCAUCUUUGACGUUUUCCACUCGGGUCAUGCCAGGGCACUCAUGCAGGCCAAAUGCCUCUUCCCAAAUACACACCUCAUUGUAGGAGUGUGCAGUGAUGACUUGACCCACAAAUACAAGGGCUUCACGGUGAUGAAUGAGGAUGAGCGAUACGACGCCAUCAGUCACUGUCGCUACGUGGACGAAGUGGUGCGAAACGCUCCCUGGACGCUGACGCCAGAGUUCCUCACAAAACAUCGCAUUGACUUUGUGGCCCACGACGACAUCCCAUACUCCUCAGCAGGCAGUGAUGACGUGUACAAGCACAUCAAGGAAGCUGGUAUGUUCGCUCCCACCCAGCGGACCGAGGGCAUCUCCACCUCUGACAUCAUCACACGCAUAGUCCGGGACUACGACGUGUACGUCAGACGCAACCUGCAGAGAGGAUACACAGCCAAGGAGCUCAACGUCAGCUUCAUUAACGAGAAGAAGUACCACCUGCAGGAGCGCGUGGACAAGGUGAAGAGAAAGGUCCGUGACGUGGAGGAGAAGAGCAAAGAGUUUGUCCAGAAGGUGGAGGAAAAGAGCAUCGACCUCAUCCAGAAAUGGGAGGAGAAGUCCAGGGAGUUCAUCGGCAACUUCCUGCAGAUGUUUGGCCCCGAGGGAGCUCUGAAGCACAUGCUGAAGGAAGGGAAGGGCCGCAUGCUGCAGGCCAUCAGCCCAAGGCACAGCCCCAACAGCAGCCCCACCCGCGAGGAGCGCUCCCCCUCACCCACCUUCCGUCUCCCCUUCUUCACCAAGACCUCCCCGCCUCCGUCGCCGCCGCCGCCGCCCCACCCCAGCGGAGCCCGCGGAUACCUCAUCAGCGAGGACGACGACGAGGAUGACGAAAACUAGAGCCCGUUUUGAAUCUGUGGCCGGGGCCGCAGUCAGCGCUACCACUUAACUUAGCUGUUGAGUAACGUGGUUUUCAUCCAGCUCCUGCUUCCACUUUGUUUUUUGUUGUUGUUGUUGUUUACGAUUGUAUUUUUUUUUCAGAGUCACGUAAACUCUAACAGCCAGUUUCUUCACAGCUCUAGUUUUUAACCAUUUUAGGCAAUUUUAUCCUCUUUGUUUUUGUGUAACGGUCAGUCAAAGUCACUACUAGUCACUUGUUGAGUUUUUUGAAAAUUCGUCUCAUUUAUCUCAGUCACUCGCAGCUUUUUGGUCACUUGCUGGAACUGCACGUGUGUGGGUUAAGGUGAGCUGAGACCUCGUGGCGACACUGUCGAUUAUCUCCAGGGGAGGCUUUUUAGAGCAGGUAAGGAAACUGGACAUUUUAAAUGAUCUGCUCACGUGGGGCAGUUCAUAUUUUGCUCAUACUAACAAGAAGAAAACAACCCGACUUUUUUAAAUAACAGGGAAAGUCCAGAUCACGUCAAAUGUGAGCUGAAAUCUUAGAGUCGUAUGUGACAUAUGUCUAGUAAACGGCAACACCCCCCCGAGUUUGUCUGCCUGCUUUGGGGCUAUGCGUGUCUGUGCAUGUGAUGUUUGUGCGUGCAAGCUCUUCUGUCGGCGUUUGAAAAUGUCCUCUUUCAGCCAUCUGUUGACAGAUCUGGGAUCAGCUUCGACUAUAGAAAUACAUUUUUACAUGUUCUUUGGAAGACUAGUAUCAAACUGGACACCCUGUUUUGUGGCGUCAAAAGAAAGUCUUGCAAGGAUGACCCAUGUUGAUGUAGAAAUACUUAUUUUUAUAGAUUUUCUCUCUCCUUUCUUUAUCCCGUGUACAGGUUAUGAUCUUAAUCGUCUCCGUUUUAGAAGUGCUUUGGCAGUUUGAGCAGUGGAAGACUGAAGUUAUAUAUUUUUUUUCUUUAUUUGUAACACUGAUCCUGCAUCUCCUAGGCCUGUAGGGAAGUCAUCAGUUUUCAUCUGAAACAUGUAAUGAAAAUAGAAAGAAUUUAGAACGACCUGAGCACUGUCUGAAUGCCCUACUUCUCCUAACAAAAUUACAUCUUUUGGUUAGUUGGGAGUCAUAAGCACACUUAUGAAUACGGCUCGCUCAUCAGCAGAACGCAUACAUGGUCAAAUAUACAAGGCUGUCCCAAAAAUUUAGGGCUUUGGGGUUCCACCAAUCUGCAGGACUUCUGCUUAAGCUUGAGUGUGUGCACACAUCCUGCAUCAGUUGAAAGAUGUAUUUUAGCAGACUGGACUGCACUGUGUCACAUAGUGGUGUGAGGGGUUCUGAUUUCUGUAACAGAUCAACAUUUAUGUAGCUACCUCCUUCCCUCAACUGAUUGUUUCCUGAGAUGAGCACAAAGUAUGAGCAUUUUUUUUUUUUUUUUCAUUUCUGAAGCAAGUCAUUGUUGCAACACUGAAGCAAUGGAACUGGGUCAAAUAUUUGAGAUUUUCCGGCCUCCGUGUGUGUGUGUAUGAGUGUGCGCCCUGCAUCUCCAGUGAGUAAAGCAUGUGUUUUUAUCUCGUAUAUAACUAAAAAACAAACACAAAAUGAAACCUCACAGGUGAUCUGUAGAUGUAAUGCAAUACGGUUGGAUGACUCUGAUAUAAAUGUUGACAGAUGUCAGAUUGAUCUGUCCUAGGCUUGGUUUCCCAAAAUGUACUUGUGGUUUAAAGCAGUCUUUGCUACAGCAAGACCGCAUCCAUUCUUGUAGGUACAAAUCAGAUUUUAAGGUUGGGAAAUAACUCAAAAGGAUUCAGUUUAACAAAAAACUGAAAAAAAUCUGUUUAGUAUUUUAAGUGCAAAAUCAGUUUAAUUUGCUGAGCAAAUCCAGCUGUGAUUUUGAUGCUAAGCUACUUUUGGGAACUCUCGCCACGAUUCUUGUGGAAUCUGUCUUUUAAAUCAGCGUGAACUUCGUGUCCACAGGUUCAAGGUGGCAAAGACUCGAGUGGCAAUCCAAUAACAGCCACUAGAUGCAAAUGUAAAGGUUAACAGCGUUUUAAUCGUGUGUUAGUUUACCGUUUGGCAUUCUUUUUGUGUAUUGUCCUAGAUGCAGAGGAAGGACAAGACAGGAGAAAUGUAUUAAACAUGUUGGCCAAAGCAUUUCACUGUGA